UGGAGCUCAGAGCAAGAGGGAAAACUGAAAUCUGUCGGCGCAAUUUCUUUCAGCUUUUUUUUUCUUUUCUGUGGCGGAUCAACACUUGAAGAUUUUGGAGUGAAUAGACUGCGCUUUUAUUUUGUCAAAACUGGUUGUCGUUCUUUUUUGCGUCUUUCUUUUUUUUAAAAAAGGCUUUGGCUCGGUUGAUUUUAAUUGUGAAAGUAUAUGUUUGAGACAUAUAUAUAUAUAUACAUAUAUAUGAAAACAUCUUUGUUAUUGUUGACUGUAUCAUUUUAUUAUCCCAGCACCUCCAGAUCGCCUCAGGGGCCUUAUUCAUUAGUAAGCACAAUCUACUUCUUCAGGUUACACGCGGCAGCGGAGCUACGUGACUGCACUCAUUCUCAGCCUUACUAAACCGGGAGCGGAUGACUUGGAAAUUCUCAGUCAGCAUCUUUUUUUCUUUUCCGAGUAUCUGGGGACUUUUGUUGGAUUGUUUUGUUGUGUACACCGGGAGUCGUCAUCCCCACCUCUCCACUCGCAGACAUCGCGAAAUGAAACUCGGUUUUGUCAUCGACACCACGGUGGCUCUUUUUCUGCUGCUCUCACCUGCACAGAGUCUACCUUUGGCAAGCAUAAAUACAACUGAAGUGUUAAUGUUUCAAGAAGUGUGGGGUCGCAGCUUCUGCCGGACCAUUGAGAAACUUGUGGAGGUGGUGCAGGAAUACCCGACCGAAGUGGAACACAUCUACAGCCCCUCCUGUGUGCCGCUGGUGAGGUGUGCAGGUUGCUGUGGGGAUGAGAACCUGGAGUGUCACCCCACCCGCACCACAAAUGUCACCAUGCAGCUGUUGAAAAUCAGGCCAUCAGAGCCGGGUCAGGAAUAUGUUGAGAUGACGUUUGUGGAGCAUCAGACAUGUGAAUGUAGAGUCAGGCCACCUAUUGUCAAGGUUGAAAGGAAAAGGAAAAGAGGAAGACAAAAGAAGAGAAAGGAGAGACAAAAAAUGAAAGAAUGUGACAGCAGGUGCCAGAUCCCUCGCAGGUAACUGCAGUGGUGACCCAACCCUCUGAUGCCGUGAGGCUCAUUAUUUAUUUCCAGCCCAGUGACGGCAUCAAGAGUCUACUCUGCUCAUCUAUCAAUACUGUGCCUGCAGUCAGGCACUCAAAAAGCUGGGUUGUUUAGCUGACAUGCCUUCCUGCUGAUGGGCAGAGCAUUUGUAAUGACAUGGUUCAACAGGAAGUGUGUCUUGAUUGGUGGAAACACUACUGUUAUACACCUCACACAAUGGAUAUCCCUGGGAGCCAGUGCAAUGUAGAGUCAAACAGACUGAUGCCUUUUCUUUUAUACCAGUUAUUACUGUAUCAGUUAUUGGAAUUUGUUGAUUUCUUUGGUAUUUAAUGGCGGUUAUGUUUAAAAUCUAUAUUUAUUGAUACAGGUGAAUAUAUUUGGACCAGCAACCUGUAAACAGUUUGUCAUUCUCUGUUCAAACAUUGCAGUCCAGCAUAGGACAUUGCUGUUCAAUGCUGGACUGAGUGUGCAGCUGCUUUGUACAUGCAAUGAUGAAAUGUCUCCCUCUAGUGUUUAUUGAAACAGUGGUCAAAACUGCUCUAAAUCUUAGGUUAAUUUACAAAUAACAUCAGACAUAUGACACAAGACAGAUUGACAUUCACAAUCCAUCAAGUCAUCAGCUUAUUGGCAUUUAUCUUUUAUGAAAGCAACAGUCCCAGUAUCCUUUUUUUGUAUGAAUCCUCCCCCUCCAUAGAACUGUGUGACCAGAGAUGAAUUUGAAGUUUUUACUGCCCAUUCACACCUAAAUAAGAACAAAAUGUAUCAGAAAGCUUUAUCAAAUGUAGACAUCCUCAGAAGAUUGUGCAUAAAUGAAUAUCAAGUAUCCAAAUUGCUCUUUGAAAUCUCUCAUUUUUGGAGGGCAGUAUAGAGUAGUAGUUAUAGCUACUUUCUAAAUGAACAAAACUUUAGCCAUGUGGAAUCAGUUUAUUUCAAAAUACACCAGAAAGUGUGCAGUAGGCUGCUGGGUGGAUGUGGCAAAGAUUAGUAGGAAUGGACAGAUCAAUACAACAGUAAUCAAUACACUGAAGCAGUCCUCAUUUGUUACUAAUGCCCAUUAAGGAUUAUCCCUUAAAAAAAUUUUUUUUUUGGCUUUGACAUCAUCACAAGGUUUUCAAAGAUAGACUAUAUAAAAAGCAGUUCUGUUUGUGUGGACCAUGGUGACACAAGACUCUGAUAAUCCCACACCACAGGUGUCUUCCUUUGUCUGUUUUUGGAAGCACUGCAGUAAGGAAGGGAUUAACAGAGGCAGUUAUAUCAAAUGAUGUCCUUUUUAUUUUUUUCAUGUACUACAUAAAGAAAAUCUCUAUGAAAAUGUAAAAAGUAACAUUUCUACUGUUUUAGUAUUUUAUUUCAUUUAAAUAUUUAUUUUGUAAUUAAACUGUUA